GAGCGUGAGUGCGAGUCCAUCGAACCUAUGGGGGCAGUCACCAUCAGCCCCGAUGACGUAAGUUGUGCCAUUCGCACGGCCCAGAACUGGAAAAGUCCUGGGCCGGAUGGAUUGCACAACUUCUGGCUAAAAUGGUUCCGAUGCUCACACUCCUGCUUGGCAGCACAAUUUCAACAAGCCCUCGAGCUUGGUUCUCCCCCACCUUCCUUAACAACUGGUGUCACCUUCCUGCUCUAUAAGUCCGGUAGUACCACGGAAGCGAAGAACUACAGACCCAUCACAUGCUUGCCUACACUCUACAAGCUCCUUACAUCCAUUUUGAGAGCAAAAAUCAACGCGCACAUUGUCGCAAACAAUAUUUUGGCCUCUGCUCAAAAUGGAUGUAGGGUUGGGUCCCGUGGUACUAAAGAGCUCCUCCUCAUAGACAUGACCAUCUGCCAACAAAUCCGGAGGAACAGGGGGGCCCUCUCAGCAGCCUGGAUUGACUACAAGAAGGCCUAUGAUUCGGUGCCUCACUCAUGGCUGGAGAGGAUCUUAGAGCUGUAUAAAGUUGAUACAGCUUUAAGAGCCUUUCUAAGCGCAUGUAUGAGGCAAUGGACCACAGUCCUUCGUCAACCAGGAGGCGGGGAUGAGAGCCCUGGCCCGCAGGAUUUUAUAAGGAUUGAGCGAGGAAUAUUUCAGGAAGGUAUUAGACGGUCGGUGAAGGAGCGCUUUUUCAGUCGGCUCACAAAAGUCCUUAACAGUCUUUUGUCAGGAGGCAACAAAGUGCGCGCCUUCAACGCCUGGGUAAUGCCCCUACUCACAUACUCCUUUGGCAUACUAAGGUGGACUCAGACCGAGCUGGACGCCCUGGAUCGGAGGGUCCGGUCACUGCUCACCACACAUCGCAUGCUACACCCACGCUCGUCAGUUAUGAGAUUGUACAUCCCACGGAAGUGUGGAGGCCGAGGCUUCCUAAACGCCAAGGAUCUCCACAACCGCGAGGUGUACAAUCUCAGGAAUUAUUUCCUUAACAACGAGUGUGGGAUGCAUCGUGAUGUGGUGGCAGUAGACAGGAACCUCACGCCGCUCUCCUUGGCAAACGAGAACUGGCGCAAACCUGUGGUACUAAGUACUGCGGAUCGCAAGGCGGCAUGGGAGAGUAAGGUGCUACACGGGCGGUUCUACAAGGCCCUCACGGGACCCGAUGUGGACCUGCUCGCGUCGGUGAACUGGUUACGAUUCGGGGACCUCUUCGGAGAAACCGAGGGUUUUGCCUGUGCAAUUGCGGACGAAGUGAUGAUGACGAACAACUAUCGGAAAUAUAUCCUGAAGGACGGUACGGUCGACAUUUGUCGGGCAUGCCGCCGUCCCGGAGAGUCACUCAGGCAUAUUAUCUCCGGUUGUUCUCAUCUUGCUAACGGCGAGUACUUGCACAGACAUAACCUCGUAGCCAGAAUUAUUCACCAGCAACUUGCCCUCCUAUACGGCCUUGUGGACCGCGAAGUGCCGUACUACAAGUACUCACCUGCGCCAGUUCUCGAAAAUGGUCGUGCCACGCUCUAUUGGGAUCGAUCUAUCAUCACUGACAGGACUAUUGUAGCCAAUAAGCCUGACAUCGUGCUGAUAGAUCGAUCGCAGCGCCGGACCGUGCUCGUCGACGUCACCAUCCCCCAUGAUGAGAAUCUCGUGAAGGCCGAGAAGGACAAGUCCAGCAAGUACCUAGACUUAGCCCACGAGAUAACCGCUAUGUUAUCUACGGGAUGUUGACUCGACGAUCAUUGUUCCUAUAGUCGUGUCAGCGAACGGUCUCAUAGCGAAGAGUCUCGACCAACACCUAGAGAGACUCUCGCUGGGUGGUUGGAUCAAGGGUCAGAUGCAGAAGGCGGUAAUUUUGGACACGGCGCGUAUAGUACGUCGAUUCCUCACUCUGCGGCCCUGACCACCGGCAGCUUGGACCCUGCCCCGCUGCCGGCGGCACCCUAGGUUAGGUUUUUUAUAAUGUGUUUAUAUAUUUUUGU